AAACCGACCGCGGCUGGUUUGGCUUUGGCGCGUAUUGUGUCUCAGUCGCGCGUACCGUGCACACUCACGCCACCUCACGUCACUGCUCCGCCGCUGUCACCAGUACACGGAAAUCAUCGAAAAUAAUAGUUCAUAGUUACAUUGGUAUCCGAGAAAACAAAUGAUGUGCCGUUACACUCUAUUGCUGUCCGCCGGAGUUUUAGCGAUCCUGUUGGCAAACCGCGGAGAAAAAUGUUUUGUCCAGGGCUUACCGAUAUCCGAAACUUACGAUAUGCCAAUGGAUAAAAAUGGCCUUCCACUGGUUCCACAGCCACGGUCUAUUGAUCAGGAUGUUCAAGAGUUGGAGAAAUUGAAAGCUCCAACGGGAGCGCUGCCUGAAUCAAUUUCAAUGACGAAAACACACGAGUCUUCGUACGUGAAUGACAACGGCAAAGAGAUAACUGAUGCUAAAAUAAAACAACAACUAAUAAAAAACGGCGAGCUGAUGGCCAAACUGGAGCAAAAAAUGUCGUCGAAAAACGAGCACAACGCCGGCGGUCGGCCCGAUACGAAAGUACAGUUGUCGGUGGACAUACCGAGCAAGGGCAUACACAAACAGACGAUGUACGCGUCGGACGGCGAACCGCCGCGAAAACGGGACGGCAAAUACAGAGAAUACGACAAAAAAAACUACGACACGCAGUUCCCUCCACCAGUGUCGUCUUACUUCAACGUGGAAGCGACACCCGAGGAUAUGGCGGAAUACAUUUUCUUCACAAAGGACUUCAAGUCGGUGACGCAAGCAAUCGAGAAACUAAUCCAGGAUGGAAGGUUGGAUCGCGAAUCGGCGCUGGCCUACUUAGACAAGAUCGACAGGGAACUGUACCGACUCGACGCCCGUUACUCCGACCAAGGCGUGGAAUUAUCAAGCAAAGACAUCGAAAACCCAAUAAAAUUCCAAAAGAACUAUGAAUCUUCCGAUUUCAAUGACAUUGAUGGAACGUUGACCGAACUAAAAGAAAUGCAACAGAUACUCAGAGACAAGUAUAGCAAAAAAAGUAUCGACUUGGAUGAAGAAGAUUACAACUCGAAACGAAUUCGAAAAAUCUUGGAAGCCAAACUACGCAUGUCUGAUUCGCAGUAUAAUCGACUUUUGGAAACGCUGACAGCUCCAUCGGACUAUACGUAUGCCCAGACAAUGAUGGACGAAAUUAUUUAUCAACUAGCUAAGCUCAUGUUCAACCAAGGACUUUUCAUCGGUGGAUCGGAAGCUCAAGAAUCUUUGCAAAAGUUCACGGACUUCUUGGAAACCGAAGCGAGCCGAGGAAGGAUUUCUAGAGCCCUUGAAAAAAAAAUUUUGGAUUUACUGAUAACUUCGCUUUCGGAUACGUUGACCGAACACCCGGAACUGAUGGCCGCCGCCAAGGAAGGUUUUAGCAAAUACCUAGAUGCCUACCCAAAUCCAGAACCAAACGGUAUCCACCAGAUGAAAAACGACAAGUUCUCUGCAAAGACGAGAAGAGACAUGGAGACUCCAGCGAAAGGUCAGGUGAAUGCUGACUUGGAAACGACCGUGGUGAAGCGGAGCGUGAAGACGUCCGGGAUCGAAGACAACGAGGUCGGAAACGUAGCGGCGAAAAAUUAAAAAAAUAUAUAAACACAUUAUUACAACGUCGUAGACUAUUAAUUCAAACACAUUAGGAAUAUCUCCUCCUCCCGAAAAAAAAAAAUAGUCUCAUAUAAUAUUCAAUACAUUUAUAUUUUAUUAUUUAAUAUAAUAUCAUACAUUUGUGUGUGUGUGCAUGUCCGAAUGUGACGUUCUCGACCACCACUCCCGUACCUAUAUACUCCCUCGUCAACCUAUGAUACUUCUGUAUUGCUGGUCAUCCCUCUCUUCCCGUCGUCUCCCGACACUCAAUAUCUCGUUUAGGUGAAUUUUAAUUUUAAAACAUAAAUAUUAUACUUACAAACGACUCUAUGAAAUAUAUUAUAUUAAAUGAUAUCUCUAUUUUUACGUGUAACGCGUGUUGGGUGUGUGCAGUGCUAUAUACAUUUUGUGAUUUGUGAUAAUUUAACUACAUUACUAUAUACAUAACAUUAUACUAUACCAUUUAUAUAGUGUUUAUCAUAUUUGACUAAUUACCUAUUAUAAUAAAUAUAGACAUACACAUAUUUAAUAUUAUAUCAGAUUAUAUUAAAGACGUAUUCGUACGUACCAGGGACGGCGAACUUCACCAUAGCAUAGCUGUGUGUCGAAAACAAAAAUCUUAUGCACUUGACAGGGGCGUGUUAGUAUGAAAUGAUUUAAAAAUAUACACAGACUUGAGAAUCCGAUCAGAUAUCACUAAAUCAGCUGUCACAUCUAAACUCUGCAUUAUUUACUAUAUUGCCAUUGCAUGUAGAAUAAUGACACGUCAUAAUCAAUGCUAUUACCGCGCCUAUCUGCAUAUUAAUACGAACACGUCAUUUGCAUCGAUACACAUCAUAAUUAAAAUAUAGUCAAGUAUUAAACACUAAAACAACAAAAUCUGAAAGCGAUACAUGUUUCGAAUGUAUCAAUUAUAAAUUAGUUUUUGACGUGACAUUAUUGUCGCUGCAUUUGUUCGGCUGGCCAAUUAUAGCAAUCCCGGGAUCACAAUUAAUACGUCAUUUUAAUUGAAUACAUGCUGCUGCACCGCUAAUGUCUGUGUCGAGUCGAUUUCCUAAUGUCGAUUUAAUCAAGCCCUCGGCGGAAAAGGCCAAAUUGUCACGGAAGAAAUUGAAUUGGAAGACUUUUCCGCUCAACAGUAAGCGGCAGUAUCGAGUCACAUCCCCGAGAUGGGAAUAACAUUAUCAUAAAAUCAACUACAUUAUUGAUGAUAUAAAAAAUUUUAUAGGAUUUAUUAUAAACGUAUGCGUAAUUAUUUUCGAUUAGCACGUCUGUUUUUUUUUUUCACAGAAAUAAUUGCACUAUUAAUUGUGAAUUACAUAUAUUAUGUAUAAUUGGCGAGUCACUCAAAAUGGUAAACAGGUUCGACUCUGUGACACGAGUGAUACAAGUUCGCCGUCCUUGGUAUAUGCCCCGAGUACCCACGGAAAAAAUGUAGGAUCCAACCCGUUUUCAAAAACAAACUUUUUUCCCCGUCGCCGUUUUUUUUUUUUUGUUUGAGAGAUCCGAGUUAUUUAGCAGCGGCCAACGAUUGUUAGUUUUAUAUUGUAAGUGCAAUAUAAUAGUUCAUCAAUAUUGUUCUCGUUAUACCGACUGCCGUUGUAUUAAUGAUAAUUGUCACGGCGAGCAUGGUGUGCGGCAACCUAUAACGGUGCUCCCUCAAAAUUUAAACCCUUAUAUUUAUAUAUACAUUUAUACUUAGACAAAUUUAUUGAACGGACGUGGUUAAAUGUUUUUACACGUCAAGUUAUAUAGUAUACACGCCUACUACUAGCCAAUAUACAUAUUGUUAUAUGUGCGGAAACGAUUCUUACAAUUAAAAUAUAAUAUGUUACCCCUUUACAAUAUUUUAUAAUAGAUAUAUAUAUAUAUAAAUAUUAUAUAAUUGUAUUGCGAAAGGCGUCCGACAAAUAAAACGAACGCAAACUAACAUGACAAAAUGUAUUACUUACCGGAUUCGCGGUUAAGUCGAGGUCCAGUUUUAAUCUUAUUAUUUAAAAAAUAUAUUAUAUUAUAUUAUACAAUAAUUCUCGCGUGUCCUGCGUGUUAAAUUAUAUUAUAUCACGAUCGGUAUAUGUAUUGUGUAAUAUUUUAUUUAUCAUUAUAAUAUAUUAUACAGACAUGUUUAAAUAGAAAA